CCAUGUUAGAUGGGCUUGGAGCCCCUGAUCCAGUGGGACAUAUCCCUGCCCAUGGCAGGGGGUGGAACUGGAUGAUCUUUAAGGUCCCUUCCAACUCAAACCAUUCUACGAUUCUCAAGGGAAGCAGGCAUGCCAUACCACAGCACCAUUUGGCACCACCAGUGUGGUGCCACUGCCGUGGGGAGCAGAGCCCACACUGUCCCUCACAUCUCAGGGCAGCCCCAGUGCUUGCAGGGUGUCCAAGUGCCGGGGAAGAAGGAACCUGCUGCAGGGGGAUGAGUGGAGCAGGCAGGAGUGGGGCUCCAAAUCCAAAUCCAAUGGCCCAAAGGAUCCUGCAGCUGCCAGGGCUUCAGGGGUUAAAUCAACACACCACAAAUUGAGGAACAAGAUUAGGGAAUAAAGGAUCCUACUAAAUUCCUCGUGAUGCCAAGCUAUGGGAAAAUGGAGCUAGGCAGCGUGAGUCACUCUCCGGAGAGGAGCAGCCUCUCAAAGGGAGUUGGCCAGGAGGAGAGGACCACCCGCUGCGGCAGAGCAGCCAAGGAGUGCUGUGCGGUGGACUCUGGCUCGCUAGCGAUGGACAGCAUCUCUUCUUCCCCUUCACCCUUCCCUGCCAGUUCCCCCACUGUGCCUUCUGAGAACACCACUACCCAGGACUACUACUCGGGCCUCCAGAAGAGCAUGCAUGUCCUCUCCAUGGUGGUGUACAGCAUCGCCUGCUUACUGGGGGUUACAGGGAACGGCCUUGUCAUCUGGAUUGCAGGCUUCAAGAUGAAGAAGACAGUGAACUCUGUCUGGUUCCUCAACCUGGCCAUCGCCGAUUUCAUCUUCACCUUUUUCCUGCCCCUCAGCAUUGCCUACACUGCCCUGGGCUUCCACUGGCCUUUUGGGAAGCUCCUAUGCAAGCUGAACAGCACCAUUGCAUUCCUCAACAUGUUUGCCAGCGUCUUCCUCCUGACAGUCAUCAGCAUGGACCGCUGUGUUUCUGUGGCUUUUCCCGUCUGGUCUCACAACCGCAGGAGCCCAGAGCUGGCAUCCAGGGUUGCACUGGGGACAUGGGGCCUGGCUCUUCUCCUCAGCUCCCCAUACCUCGUCUUUCGGGACACUGUGGUCAGUUCCAGGAAUGUCACCAGCUGCUAUAAUAACUUUGCACUGUCUGACGACUACACGUCCGAGGCAACGCGGAGGCUGUGGAGGAUGCGGCACAAAGCGAUGAUCAUAACGCGAUUCUUAUGUGGGUUCCUCAUCCCUUUCAUGGUGAUUCUCAUCUGCUACAGCAUCGUUGCUGUUAAGCUGAAAAGAAGGCAGUUAGCCAGCUCUGCAAAACCGUACAGAAUUAUCAUCGCUGUCACAAUCUCGUUUUUCCUCUGUUAUUUCCCCUACCAUGUCUUCUCCUUGCUGGAAAUAUCCAAAAACUCUUCCAGUCAUGAGAUGAAAAUGGCCCUUUACAUAGGGAUCCCCUUGGUUUCCAGCCUUGCUUUCUUCAACAGCUGCAUCAACCCCAUCCUGUACGUAUUUGUGGGGCCGGAUUUCAAGGAGAAGUUUUGCCAAUCUAUUCUGUCGACUUUCGAAGGGGCCUUUAGUGAGGAGUCAGUCCUGGGCAGCCUGACCAGCAGGAGGAAAUCCAGGUCUGCUUCAGAAGCCGAGGUCCCGAGAGUCUGA